AUGCCUGAUUUACACAGUCUUCCUGCAGGGUCCCGUCCCGUCAAUGCCAUCCGCAACAACGGUCCAGAUCACUUGGUCCUGGAAAGAUUGAAGUUAAGAGAAUUGGCAGAAGGAUGGCCGUCCUAUAGAGACGCCUGCGAAUGGGAAAACUUCGAGUCCAUCUUCCACCCAGGAGCCUACGUCUACACUACCUGGUCAGGCCGCGUUCCCUUCACAGACUUCAUCGCAGCUUCUAAGGCGGGGAUGGAUAAGGGCGCCUUCAUCAUGCAUCGCUGCCACGGCUGCAGCACAGAUAUCAACGCCGAGGGCACCAGAGCUGUGACCAAGCUCAAGGCGACAAUUACACAGCGCUUCGAUAUUGACGGCGUCGAAUUUGAUGUGGAAGCCGACUGCCGCUUCUGCUUCUACUUCGAGAAAGUGGGAGACCGUUGGGGCGCGCGUCUGGUGUGGAUGCUGCUACCGCAGACAGAUCUUCUGGAAGAAGUCCGUCACGCGGAGAAAGGCCUCGAAGCCUCGUGGGUCGGUGAUUAA